AUGUCUGCAAAGCUCACGUCUGGUGCGAUCCUCCCCGAUCUCGCGCACGCUGAUCUCUCCCACUUCUCCCGCUUCUCCAAGGAAUACACCGCUGCCUCCGACCCUACCAACAACUUCCUUCUCGAUUACUCCAAGAGCCGAAUCACCCAGCCUAUUUUCGUAACUCUCUUCAACCUCAUUCGCAAAGCCAGUGUCGAGCAGGUCCACGGCAAGACGCUGUCGAUGGCCUUAGCGCCUCCCCCACGUCGCAAAGCACUUUGUUGCCCUCUCAGAACGAAGGAGAAGGUGGUCAAUGUGUUCGAUAUUGCAAAGGAGAACAUGUUCGGCUUCUGGGACUGGGUUGGCGGCUGCUAUAGCUUCUGGAGCGCGAUCGGCCUCUCGAUCACGCUUGUGAUCGGGUAUGAACACUAUGAGGCUCGCCUUUGCGGCGCGCACGACAUAGACGCUCACUUCCUCACCGCACCACUCGAAAAGAACCUGCCCGUGCUCCUCGCUGUCAUUGGGCUCUGGUACAACAAUUUGUACUUUUACAGCGCGCGCUCCGGCAUUCCCUUACUUUUCUUGUGGUUGAACCACGUACGCGCGGCUCCGUACGACCAGCACACGCACAAAUGUGCAGACUACUUACAUUCUUGCGACAUGAAGUCUAGCGGUAAGGUCAUCACCAAGGGCAGCAAGCGUGUUGACUAUCAGACCAUCCUGGUUAUUUGGAGCGUGGCCAGCACGAAUGGGCAGCACUCAUUCUACCAGCUGCUGCACCAGGGUACAAAUAUUGUCCCGGCAGACUUUCUAGCCCCUGGGAUGUCGCACAAUCCACUCCGUGGCUCCCUGCACCGCCGCAUCCUGCUCAGUAACUACUUCGUGCAGUCCAAGGCGCUGGUGUUCGGCAAGACCGAGGAGCAGGUCUGCCGGGAGGUAGGCUCGGGAGCGAACGAGGCGCUUAUGAAGAGUAAGGUUGUCGAGGGCAACCGACCGAGCAACAGCAUCUUCUUCCCGCUACUCAGGCCCGCGACGCUAGCUCAUCUAUGUGCUUCCUUCGAUGGGUGGGUGCAUAUGUGCAAGAUGGGCAUCGAGCUCGGCAAGGUGCUCGCGAAGAUCAUUUUAGCACAGCCGGAGAAACCUGCAGACGUCAAGGGCCACGACAGCUCGAGCUCCUUGUCUGCUGUGAGCCGACAACUAUCGUGUGCAGACGACUGGCCUUAUUCGCUACUACAGAAGCACCGCAAGGAGUAUGAGGCGGGUUGCAAUGACAGCACGGAGAACGAAGCGGAAGCUGAAAGGAGAAUGCCGUUUUCAUAGACAAGAGACGAAUGCAAUUAACAGGGAAGGAAGCGACAUUGCACGUCGCGGAGCUCAACUUUGCUCAAUGACCCGCACGGCUUCAUGGACAACCCUGUCCGUUCUCCCCACGCAAUGUCGUGCCCCAGCCCGCGCCUGACUUCGAGCCAUUUGACCACCCGCUCGCGCACAUGAUCUGCCUCAUCAUGGCGUACUCCGCUUCCGUCAAGGACCUAUUCACAACGCAUGACUCACUCGUGACGACGGGCUACCCGAACAGCCACAAGCUGAUCCUUGUCAUUGAAGACGGGGUGGUCAAAAGCGCUGAUCGACAGCCUUCGACAGCUACUCUUCUAUCUGCACUAGUCCUCAAGUAUUCUUUCCGUCUCCAGUGCGCCCUGCCGACACAUCGGUUAGUUCCAACACAGGUAUCUUUCAAUUGGACACGAUCCUAAGACCUCUCUAAGGAUUCUUCACCACGCGGAUGCGAAUGUGCACCCU